UUCAGCACAGUGAAUUGCGCACUGAGGUGGAAAGAUUAAUGCAAAUAUUUCGGGAUGUUGUAAAUUGGAACCAUACGAAAACAUGCUCUCCUGGGAAAAGCGAAUUCGAGCCAAAGCUGGGCAUUACUCGCUUUCUAGACGUUCUGCUUUACACUGAACACCAACGGUAAAAUAUUGCCAUUGAACUCCUGUUUGGACGAUCAAAACGAAAUCCAAUUACAAAUGUUUACUGCCCAUCUGAGAAAAUCAUUUAUUAGAAAUCUCCUAAAGCCUACUAGCAAUGGAUUCAAAAUUUACACGGACACAAAACUGAAAUCUCAGAUGCCCACCUGUCCAACUCUACCAAAAGCCCCACAUAAACCUCAUCUUGACCACUCCAACCAUGCGGGCAUUAUCAAUUCUCCCUCGAAACUUUCCAUCCCGACUACCCAAUUCAGAAAUUUUUCUUCCGAAAGAGAUAAUGACGAAUCCGAGUAUUUCUACAACAGAGACACGAAGGAGCCCCCUAAGCUAUUUGUAGUGCAGCCUCGUGUCCGCUCUGAAUGUGUUUUGCAGGCCAAGCUUCUUGAAGCUAUCAACCUUGCAGAUUCAUUGGAGGAACAGAGGGAGGAAGGAUGUGGCAGCAAAACCUAUGUGAGAAAGAAAACACCUCAUUUGUUAGUGCAAAAUCCAGGGACACGAUCAACGAAAUCCCACGCAGAUACAUACUUUGGGCCGGGAACAGUUGAGACUGUCAAGAUACAUGUCAACGCAAUUGAUGCGGAGGAUGGAUUGGAUGCUGUUUUUGUGAAUGCUAUGCUUACUGGUAUUCAACAACGUAAUCUUGAGAGAGCAUGGGGUAAGCCAGUAUUUGACCGUAUGGGACUCAUUAUUGAGAUUUUUAAUGCCCAUGCAAACACCAAAGAAGCCAAAUUGCAGGCAGAAUUGGCAGCUUUGAUGUAUAAGAAAACUAGGCUUGUUCGUGUGCGUGGCCUAGAUGGUCGUCUUACCUUUGGAACUUCUGGUGAAGCGGAGGUUGUUAGUGGUAGGGGGAGAACCAGUGGAGGAAGGGGAUUUAUUAGUGGUGCAGGAGAGACUGAACUUCAACUACAGCGUCGCAGGAUUCUUGAGAGGAGGAACCAACUAUUGUCAGAAAUUGAAGAAGUCCGACGGACACGGGCGUUGCAGCGGGCAGCACGUCAGAGACAUCGAAAGGGAUUUGGUCGUGUCAUGCCUGUUGUAGCAGUUGUCGGCUAUACCAAUGCCGGAAAGUCAUCACUUGUAGCAGCCCUCUCACAAAGUGACCUAUACAUUGAUGAUAAACUUUUUGCAACACUGGACCCACGUGUUCGAAGUAUUUUUCUCCCAUCUGGGCAGAAAAUGCUUCUGAGUGAUACAGUUGGUUUUAUAUCCGAUUUGCCAGUACAGUUAGUGGAAGCAUUCCAGGCAACUUUAGAAGAAGUGACAGAAGCAGACCUUCUUGUGCAUGUUAUAGAUGUCAGUGCUCCCAACGCAGAAGAACACCGGGAUUCUGUACUGGAUGUCUUGCAACAGAUAGGUGUUUCAUCGGAGAAACUUGAAAAUAUGAUUGAAGUUUGGAAUAAGGUGGACCUUUUAGGGAGCGAUUGUGAAAAUAUUAUGACAGUGGAACACCUUGAUCAUGAAAGAGAGGCCUGCAAUGAUGAAAUUCCUCUGAGUAGCUCUGCGGAAGAUUUUUUAUUGCAUGAAGAAAAUGCUACAAAAGAAUCUACCAAUGGGGCUACCAUAAGCAUGGAAGAAGUAGGAGAUGCAGAAACCAAUAACAUUCUUAGUGAAAAUAUAAAUGCUAAUUUGUCACCCAAAGGAUUUUCAUGUGUGAAAGCAUCUGCUAUCACGGGUAUUGGUUUACAAGAGUUGCUUCAUCUUUUAGAUGAGAAGUUAGAUGAGAAGCUAAAACCUGCAGCUAACUUAGAAGAUAAAUAUUUUGUCAAGUGGAGACCAUCAUUGCCUGAAGCAGUCACUCAUAAUGUAGAGUAGCCUCUCAUCUCAUUGAUGGUUUUGUUGGGGUAAAGUAGCUGCAUACAGCUGAUGCUGUUAAAUGGUUUUUGUUGAAGCAAAAUGGAUUCAUUUGAGACAAAAGUCACUAAUUUGGAAACCAUGAAAUUGCCUGCUUGAAAAUGCGAAGUUAUCUGACUCCUGUAUAAAGGUAGAGUGAAUAUUUUGAGCAAACAAUGUUGCAUUUAUUGUUCAGGGUACUCUGAUUUUAUAAAUUUUGGGAUACAAUUAGAGAAAUUGGGGUCUAAAAUAGAGAACAUAUAUUACACUUGAUAGCUUAAAAAUAUAUACUGCAAUUUAUUCAAUUGAAGCAUGGACAAGUUGUGCUUCUAUUUGACUGCAAAACCAUACUGUUGAUAGUGUUGAGUCUGUUGAUUAACUGCCCAAAAUCCAAGAUGGCACAUUUCAUAUCAGAUAUUUUACAUUAACAAGUGACAAUCCUAUCUUCAACAAUCUUUUGAAUGCAGAAAAUGUAGUUUGUAACUGGUAACUGUGAACUGAGAAUUGGACAUUAUUCUCAGUUCACAUAAAAGAACAUUUUCAAAUAAAAGAUAAAUUAUUGGACA